AUGGAGAUACGAGCAGCGUCCUUGGCCAGCAUGAAAAAUAUUGAAAAAAGUGUCAAAGAGCUGGUCACGGAGAAUAAUCUAAGGCUAGUUGGUCUUCUGGCUCCUCACUCGGAUGUGAGGGAAUCAACCGCAGGAAGUGCUACUGGGGGAGGAGUUCCUGAGCAGCACCAAGAUCUAUCACAACCCCCGAGGAGGGCAAUGGGAGUGACCAUCAGGGAACCCUCCAGCACUCCGCGAGCAGCUGCUUCCCCUACUCAACAAGGAAAGGGCAAGCAGAAGUUUUCUAAGCAUCCUGAGCCUAUUCUUGAGUCUUCAGAUGAGAACGUCAUGUCCGCUGAAGAUCCAUUUAACUUGUAUAGCGAACUUGACCCCGUUGCUCCUGCGAGCAAGAAAAAAGGGAGCAGGCAACAUCGUGGGGAAAGUAGCAGCAACCCUCCGACGAAAAAGGCUCGAACUGGGGAUCCUCAAACACCAGUUCCUUCCAAAGAAACAACACCUCCUCCAGCUCCCAUUGACCAGUCGUCUCCACCAGCCCCCAAGGACCAGACACUUCCUCCAGCACCUGCCAACAAAACUCCUCCAGCUCCAGCUCCCGCUGACCAAACCCCGCCUGAUCAGAUAGGAGAGGCUUUGAUGAACAUGGCUCUCAACUCGGCCAAAGGAGUUCUAACCAUGAGCGCUGGCUGGCGCCACUCGGGGGCACUGACUGCUCAAUACAAGAAGAGGCUUGGUGAACAGCUCAAAGCGUCUGAGGAUAAACAUGUUGAGGAGCUUAAUACGGCUGAGGCCAAAUACACCAAGCAACUCGAGGCAGCCGAGAAGAAAAAUGUUGAAUUGCUCGAACAGAAGGCCAAGUUGGCUGAAGAGCUGAAACAACACCAGGCUUCCUUGACCAAAGCCAUUGAAGCUAAAGAGACGUACAAGGAGGCUUCUCUGAUAAUUUCAAGGAAGCUUCUAAGCUUCAAGAUGAUCUGGUCAUCAGCAGAAAGGAGACUGAGGUGUUGGAGGAACGUGUCAAACAACUCGAGGAGACCAAUGCCAGUAACUUGGAGAAGUAUAAGGGAGCCACUUUUAAAUGCUUCUAUAUAUUUUGGAAGAAUAACCGCGAGGUGGAAUUUAGCUAUCUACCAGACCGUAUGA